CGACUCUGCAGAUUUGGGUCUCUAGUAACAGAAACAAAAAUGGAGGGAUUCAAAUUUGAGGAGCAAGAAUUCUUCGCUUGCUGCGGAAGCUCCAAAUUCGCCAAAGAAAUGUCCAAGGCCUCUCCUUUCUCUUCUCUCGACGAAGCCGUGACUGCGGCCAGAGACAUUUGGUUCAACAAGGUCGACGUCACCGGUUGGCUUCAGGCCUUCUCCGCUCAUCCUCAGAUCGGCCACAAUCCUUCUCCUUCUUCCCACUCCACCUCUGCUCAGUGGAGCAAAGGAGAGCAGUCAACUGCUUUUGCAACUGCUACUAGUUCAAGCUUACAGGAGCUCUCUCAAUGGAAUACUAAAUACAGGGAAAAGUUUGGGUUUGUAUUUCUUAUUUGUGCGUCGGGAAAGAGCACUGAUGGGAUACUCGCUGAAUUGAAGAGACGAUAUCCAAAUAGGCCUAUUGUUGAGUUUGAGAUUGCAGCUGAGGAGGAGAUGAAAAUAACAGAAUUACGUCUUGGGAAACUUUUCUCAACUAAAGAAAAGGUUCCUUCAACAGGCAACAUGAAUCCCACAGUUGCUGCAAAGAAAGUGGAAGAAGAUCGUGUGAGCAUUAUUGGAGGUCAUCUGAGUGCUUCUUCUGAAAUUUCAGCUGUAAAAACUGAGACUCCAACUCGAACUCGUCCACCCAUCACAACCCAUGUCUUGGAUGUUUCUCGAGGAUCUCCGGGUGCAGGCAUUGAGGUAUGUUUAGAAAUGUGGAAGGGUCAUCAACCUCGUCCUGUGUUUGGCGAGUCAGCUAUAGGCGGUUGGGUAUUUCAAGGGUCUUCAACUACGAAUAGUGAUGGGCGAAGUGGUCAGUUGUUGAGCAUAGUUGAUGCAGUGAACCCAGGGAUAUACAGGAUAAGUUUUAACACCGGCAAGUACUGCCCAGGUGGGUUCUUUCCUUAUGUUUCCAUUGUGUUUGAAAUCAGGGAGUCACAGAAGUUGGAACAUUUUCAUGUUCCUCUGCUGCUGUCACCUUUCUCAUUCUCAACUUACCGUGGAAGCUAGACUUUGUUGUAGGCCAGUUGACAAAUAAACUGUCAAUAAUUUUACUUCAAAUCUUGCCUUUGAAGAUGUAUCUUGUAUGUAGCCAAAGGACUGGUUUGUUGUUAUGAGACUAAAACUCUUGAGAGCCUACAAAUUCUAUUGGGAAAAAGAAAAAAAAAAGGUUUAUCCUGUUGUGCUCAACUAGAA